AUGGCGUGGAGCAGCAAUAUGUCAAGCUUUCUACUGAUGUUGCUGAUUCUUAAUUCGACCCAUUUCUGUCUAAUGGCUUAUGGUAGACCAGAACCAAAGUCGGUCGAAUUCUCCAAGAGAGGAGAUCAAGAUCAGAAGAUGAUGAUGAGAGGUCUAAUAGGAUCAAGCCCACCAAGGUGUGAAAGAGUGAGAUGUCGUUCGUGUGGUCACUGUGAAGCAAUCCAAGUUCCUACAAAUCCUCAAACAAAGCUUCACUCUCCUUCUUCUUCUUCUUCCUCUGAGGUUAUUAAUCUUGAUUACAUCAGAGGAGACGAUAGUUCGAAUUACAAACCCAUGAGCUGGAAAUGCAAAUGUGGUAACGCUAUCUAUAACCCUUGA